AUGUCUAAUAAGAAAGUUUUCUCCACUUCUGAAGGCUGCCCAGUCAGCGAGCCAUUUGCUACCCAAAGAAUUGGUCAGGAUGGUCCUUUGCUUUUGCAAGAUUUCAGCUUGAUUGAUUCCUUGGCUCAUUUCGAUAGGGAACGUAUUCCUGAGCGUGUGGUUCAUGCCAAGGGCUCUGGUGCCUAUGGUUAUUUCGAGGUCACUGACGACAUUUCUGAUAUGUGUAGCGCUGCUUUCUUGAAUCAGGUUGGCAAGAAGACCAAAACUUUUGUGAGAUUUAGUACUGUUGGUGGUGAAAAAGGCUCUGCAGACACUGCUAGAGAUCCAAGAGGCUUUGCUGUCAAGUUUUACACCGAAGAAGGUAACUAUGACUUGGUCAUGAAUAAUACUCCGGUCUUCUUUAUCAGAGAUCCUUCCAAGUUCCCACACUUCAUUCACACCCAGAAGAGAAACCCAGAAACAAAUUUGAAGGAUCCAGAUAUGUUUUGGGACUAUUUGACUUCAAACCAAGAAGCAAUUCACCAAGUUUGUAUCUUGUUUAGUGACAGAGGCACUCCUUACGGAUACAGAUUUAUGCAUGGUUACUCUGGCCAUACUUACAAGUGGACCAACGCCAAAGGUGAAUGGAGAUAUGUCCAAAUCCAUUUCAAGUGUGAUCAAGGUAUCAAAACUUUUAAUAACGAACAAGCUGGUGAUUUGGCUGGAUCUGAUCCAGACUUUGCUCAACACGAUUUGUUCAAUGCUAUUAAGAAAGGUGAUAAUCCUUCUUGGACUGUGUAUGUGCAAUCAAUGACCCAAGAAGAAGCUGCCAAAUUACCUUUCUCCGUCUUUGAUUUGACCAAAGUCUGGCCACAAUCUCAAUUCCCAUUGAGAAGAUUCGGGAAGUUUGUUCUUAAUGAAAAUCCACAAAACUAUUUCGCCGAAGUUGAACAAGCUGCCUUCUCCCCUUCACAUACCGUUCCAGGUAUCGAAGCUUCCGCUGAUCCAGUGCUUCAAUCGAGACUCUUCUCGUAUCCAGAUACUCACCGUCAUCGUUUGGGUGUUAACUAUAAUCAAAUUCCUGUCAAUUGCCCAUUUGCUGCCCGUUCAGCAUAUGCUCCUCAUAUUAGGGACGGUGCGAUGCAAGUAAAUGGUAAUUUGGGCUCUGCUCCAAACUAUCUUGCAACAAAUGUUCCAGUAGAAGUACGCAGUGAUGUGAAAUUACAAGCACAUCAAGAAGUAUGGACCGGCCCGGCAUUUGCUAAGCACUGGAAAGUGGUUGGACCAAUUGAUUUCCAACAAGCUACUGACUUGUAUGCUAAGGUGAUGUCAAAGCAACCAGGUCAACAAAAAGCCUUGGCCCACAAUGUUGCAGUACAUGCCUCAGGAGCAAAGAGAGAUAUCCAAGACCGUGUCAUUGAUAUGUUUACCAAGGUUCAUCCUAAUUUAGGCGCGGAUAUCAAGAAGGAAAUUUACCAGCUUGAUCCUCGUGAUAGUGACAAAAAUGUGCAAUUGUUCAAUAAGAAUGGAAAAGUUUCCGCUUGUCCUUUCCAUUCUAAAUUGUGA